AUGGAAGGCAUCCAGACACACCCAUCGAACGCGGCGCAAGCUAAGGCGUUCACGGCGCCAGGAUCGCUGUCGUUCCCUGGAGCUACCAACGAGCUGACACCUCCGCCCGUCGGCACCGGUGAUGCUGCUCAGCGACCUGCCCUCAACGGCCAGCAGGCGGCAAAUGGCAAUGGGGUGGCACCCGCAACGCCUGUCGCGACGCCUGCUGCUACUCAAGGACCUAGUGGAAUUACUCCCACUCUACAGAACAUCGUGGCUACAGUGAACUUGGACUGCCGCUUGGACCUCAAGACCAUCGCUCUGCAUGCUCGUAACGCAGAGUACAACCCCAAGCGUUUCGCCGCUGUCAUCAUGCGAAUCCGCGAACCCAAGACAACCGCUCUGAUCUUCGCUUCCGGCAAGAUGGUCGUCACUGGUGCGAAGUCUGAAGACGAUUCGAAGCUCGCUUCAAGAAAGUACGCUCGUAUCAUUCAGAAGCUUGGAUUCAAUGCCAAGUUCACCGACUUCAAAAUUCAGAACAUCGUCGGCUCUUGCGACAUUAAGUUCCCUAUCCGACUCGAGGGUUUGGCAUCUCGCCAUCACAAUUUCAGUUCUUAUGAACCCGAGUUGUUCCCCGGUCUUAUCUACCGCAUGAUCAAGCCCAAGAUCGUGCUUCUCAUCUUUGUCAGUGGCAAGAUCGUUUUGACUGGUGCCAAGGUCCGAGAGGAAAUCUACCAGGCCUUCGAGAUGAUCUACCCUGUGUUGCAAGAUUUCCGCAAAGUCUAA